GAGGAGUGAAGCUGUGAAAUACAUAAUUUGUGAGUUGCUGUAGUUCUCAGUUAUACAAUUUAGUAGAAGAGAGUUGAAAUAUGGAGGAGAGCGGAGUUGGAGAGAAUAACAACAAACACUUGGUGGACAGGUUUUGCGAGUUCACAUCUUCAUCGAGAGAAGAAGCUUCCUUCUUCUUGGAGAGUCACAACUGGAAUCUCGACUCUGCACUCUCUACCUACGUUGAAAACAACAAUCUCGGUUUCAAUGACGACGACACCACCAACGAUUUCGAUCCUCUGCCUCCUCGUCCUCUUCAAUCUCCGUCUCCGUUGAUUCCUCCACCUACCAAUUUUCAAUCGACCACGGUACCCAUGUCCUCCCGAGACAAGAAACCCUCGAAGCCCUCUGGCAGCCGUACCGGAGGCAUCCGUACGCUUUCUGAUCUGAACCGUGCUUCUGGUCCCGGCUCCGACGAUGACUCCGAUGGCCCUCAGGAGUAUUACACUGGUGGCGAGAAGAGUGGUAUGCUGGUUCAAGAUCCUUCUAAAGUUGGUAACGAUGUUGAUGCAAUAUUCAGUCAAGCUAGGCAGUUGGGAGCUGUGGAAGGACCUGUUGAAAGUCUUCAUCCAUCUUCAAGCUCGAGAAGCUUUGCUGGAACAGGACGGCUACUCUCUGGGGAACCAGUGGAGUCUGCUCCUCAGCCACCUGAAGCCAUUGUUCACAACAUAGUUUUUUGGGCCAAUGGGUUCACUGUGAACGAUGGCCCUUUGAGGAGGUUUGAUGAUCCUGAAAAUGCAUCUUUCUUGAAGAGUAUCAGGAACUCAGAGUGCCCAGAAGAGCUUGAGCCAGCAGAUAGGUCGUCUGCAGUUCAUGUUAAUCUCAUCCGGAGGGAGCAAAAUUGCCCUGAACCAGAGAAGCGCCACCUUCCAUUUCAGGGUGUGGGGAGAACAUUAGGUAGUAGCACAUCUACAGCAGCACCAGGGCCAUCUCCUCCUGUCAACUCCGCUCCACCCCCAUCAAUGGGCCUGGUAGUGGAUGAAAAUUUGCCAUCGACCUCAAUUCAGCUCAGGUUGGCUGAUGGCACACGUAUGGUUACACGAUUCAACCAUCACCAUACCAUUAGCGAUAUCCGUGCCUUCAUUGAUUCAUCAAGACCAGGAGGGGCAGGAACUUAUCAGUUGCAGACAGUGGGGUUUCCACCUAAGCAACUUACUAAUGUGACCCAGACGAUAGAGCAGGCAGGGCUUGCUAACUCAGUGGUCAUCCAAAAAUUCUAAGCUAGCAGUCGAAUAGGGAUAUCAAAUUGUCAAUUUCUGUUCAGAAUUAUGACUUUUAAGACGGAAUCAGUUAUUGUCAUCAUUUGGUGAGAUAGGGUUUUAUGUAAGGAAGACUAAUUAUGAUCUCAAAAAAAUAUCUCCAGCCCUAUAUAUAUUUCAAGAAGCAACAAACAAUAUUGCAUGCAUUAAAUACUUGAAAAUUAACUAUUUUGUCUUUGUUUAGUGGA